AUGCGCAUUCCUUCCCUAGCUGCGACGGGCUUGUCGCUGUCGCUGCCUCGCCUUGGCGGCCACUCCAACUCCGACUCGGACUGCGGCUCGGCCUGCGUCACGCCGAAACGAGAAGACACUUCCACCAUCUGGGCGACGCCUCACGACAGCUACUCGUCGUCGAUUGGGGUGCCCGGCUGCAAGAUCGACACGAACCGCGUGGCGUACUGGCCACAGUCGGUCGACUGCGACAACAUAUGUGUCUCGCUCGAGUACGACCAUCGUCGAGUCUACCUCCUCCGAAUCGACCAAUCCACCGGCGCCCACGACGUCAGCUACGAUGCGUGGAACUACCUCUACACGGGCAAGUCUGCCACGGAGAAGCCAACCGCGGGCGGUCCCGUGGCCAUGCAGUACCGCAACGUCGAUGCGUCGAGGUGCAAAUCCCUCAUUCACACCAAGGACAACAAACUACCCCUGAGCGCCGCCAACAGCAUGAACUUUCUUGCCGGCUGUCUGGCGCAGCCCGACAGUUGGGUGGCAAACAACUACAUGACGCUCAACAUUGUUGACUCGAUAUGCACUCUGGGCGUGGACGAGCAGUGCAAAUUACACUGGCCGGAUGCCAAUCAGCCGUCUUGUCCACACGUCUUGGGCGGGCAGGUUUCCCUCAAAGGCGCCCCCGUUUAUAACAUUCAGUACCCAUCAGGGAAGAAGGUCCUGGCUUCAUCCGGACUCCCCAGCGCUGGCGGCGGCGAUGAGGAUAAUGCUGCUGGACGUGCCCGAUGCCCGUGGGUCUUGCUUGCCUGGUGCAUCGUUGUUUUUCUGUCUUGUUACGCUUUUUAA